AUUGUCUUGAUGCUGCUCCUUUUUCUCUAUAUUAAUAAGAAGUUCUGUUUUGAAAAUGUUGGAGGGUUUCCAGAUCUUGGUUCAGAAUACAAUACACAGAAGAAUUCACAAGAUAAAAUGUGUAUAGACUAAAUACCCAAUAGUAUUUGAGGGAAAAAUAAUGUCUUGCUGCUGUUUUGAUAGCUAUGGAGUGGGAAAAGAUGUCAUUACACUUGAACCAAAUGAUUUGAUUUUUAUUUUUUCCGGAGGAGUCUUUACUUCAACGUAUUUCUUCCAGUGCUUAUUACAUUUACAGAAAGAUUAAAAGACACAGUGUGAAAUACUUGUAUCAUGCUAAUUAUAGCAACAUUUAAGUAAAUGUUAAAUUCACAUCUCAAAGUAGUUGAUAUUUUGAGAAGAGAAAAUUCCAUUAUUGCACCUUUUAGGAACACGGAACUGGAAAAUGGCAUUUUUCAAAAAUUUUCAGCAGAGCCUGCCUUCAGUGUCCUCCUUGGUAGACACAAUCAGUAGUGCCGUAGAAGAUUUGAGCACUGCAGUUGGGGAAGUCAGCUAUGCCAUAACUGACUCAGUCGCUGGGCAGGUGGCAAAUAUGAUGCAUGGCUUUUGCCCAGAGGAGGAAAGCUGCUCAGCAGAACAGGCUACAGGGUCUUCUGAAGGAAAAAAUGCAGUAUUGCAGGAUACCAACAGAAAUACUGCUUGUCAGAAAACACACUCUGACUUAGAGCGCGAGGCAAAGCCAAUAACCUGGUGCAGCAGUGGAGCUCCACAAAAGCAAGAAGAGAUUCAUGAGCAGGGGGUUAAAGUUCACGAAGGGCAGUGCUCGCCCACAGAGUGCCAGGAAACUGGAGAGGCCGGCGGUGCUGCUUUGAGAGGCCUCAGGAGUGACGGGCUGUCAUCCGUCAAGCAGGGCGCAAGGGCCUCCCCCUCUUGUCAUGCACUGGAAUGCACUGACAGAUGUGAAACAGCUGGAAUCGGAAGCUCCACAAAUGCUAAGCCUGAUUUAAAGGAGGUAAGUUAUCAAGUGAAUGGAAGUCUGAACACCAGUGGACAAAACAUUCUGUCUGAGCAGAGCUGCAAGGCCACAGGUAACCCUAAAGCCAGAUCGCAGCAUGCACCCAUGGGAAGAGAGCAAGAGGACUUGAGGGACUUCACUAAAAAUAAACAUUUUACUGAUUUAAAGUAUUCUGACCAUGUAGAAGAGGCUGAAGAACAGAAUAAGCAUGCAGGAUUCAAAGGGAAUGAAUGUUCAGAAAAGAAGUCUUCUCCAGAAGAUCCCACAGGAAGUAACAGGUGCAGGGCACGGAAGUCCACUGUGGAGGAGUACACAGGUUCAGUUCCACCAGCAAAUUGUACAAAUAAGUUUCCUGGGAAAAUCAAAGAAAAAAUGAAACCAGCAAGAUACUACAAAGUAAAAGGAGACAUAAAAGCAAAGAAAAACGACGCUAACUCUGCUAAGAGAGGAACAGCAAAGAGUAAAGUUGGCAAAUAUUCUAAAAUAUUACCAGAAAAAGAUAAUUCCUAUAUGGACAGAGAUGAGCCUGGUUCAUCCUCUGAAAGUGAAGAUGAAGCGCUGGGUAAAUACCAUGAGGCCUUGUCCAGAACACACACUUCCAGGUGGCCCCUGGUAGACUCUAGACACAAGAACUACGCCUGGGAAACGAGGCAGAAGUACAGCCCACUGUCUGCAGAGUAUGACGGGUACAGCAGCGAAGCAUCCAUGGAGGAUGGAAACUGCAUUCAGAGGAUGAGAAGGACGCCGCCAUUGGAUGAGCUGCAGCCGCCGCCUUACCAAGAUGACAGUGGUUCUCCUCACCUCUCAUGCACACCCUCUGAAAUCGGAGACGGAAAGUGUGAGGUUUCCCACUGCAGCAACAGCCCACGGCGUUCUUUCAACAAGUGUCCCAGCGAAGGGAGCACAGGUCAUGAGGCAGAGAGCUUCCAUAAUAAAGGCUUUGAAGAUGAUGUCCCUAGUGACAGCACUGCAGUCCUCAGCCCUGAGGACAUGUCAGCUCAAGGAUCCUCCUCACAGCUUCCUAAACCUUUUGAUCCAGAGCCGGAAGCUAAAUAUGGCACGCUGGAUGUGACUUUUGACUAUGACUCACAGACACAGAAGCUCCUGGUGACGGUGACAGCUGUCACAGACAUUCCGACAUAUAACAGGACAGGUGGCAACUCGUGGCAGGUGCACCUUGUUCUGCUGCCCAUAAAGAAGCAGAGAGCCAAAACCAGCAUCCAGAGAGGACCAUGCCCUGUCUUCACAGAGACAUUCAAAUUUAACCACGUUGAGUCAGAGAUGAUUGGGAACUAUGCAGUUAGGUUUAGAUUAUAUGGUGUCCAUCGCAUGAAGAAAGAAAAGAUUGUGGGGGAAAAGAUUUUCUAUUUAACAAAGUUGAAUCUUCAAGGGAAAAUGUCGUUGCCGGUGAUACUGGAACCUUCUUACAACCCUUCUGGCUGUGACUCCCAGGUGAGCUUGUCAGAGGCAUCCUGUGGUGAGAGCACAUCCUCCUGUCAGUCUCUGGAACAUGGCUCUGUCCCAGAGAUCCUCAUCGGACUCCUGUACAACGCCACCACUGGAAGGCUGUCAGCGGAGGUGAUCAAAGGCAGCCACUUCAAAAACCUGGCAGCAAACAGACCACCCAAUGGACUGUUCUGUUGUCUAAAACACUUGAUAGGUGGACAGGUUUAUAUAAUCCGAGAUACAUAUGUUAAAUUAACACUGCUGAAUUCCAUGGGCCAAGAGAUGUCCAAAUGCAAGACAUCCACCCGCCGAGGGCAGCCAAAUCCAGUGUACAAGGAAACGUUUGUCUUUCAAGUGGCCUUGUUUCAGCUCUCCGACGUGACUCUGAUCCUGUCUGUGUAUAACAGGCGCAGCAUGAAGAGGAAGGAGAUGAUAGGCUGGGUCUCCUUGGGUCUGAACAGCUCCGGGGAGGAAGAGCUCAGACACUGGACUGCCAUGAAGGAGGCCAAGGGACAGCAAGUGUGCAGGUGGCACGCACUGCUGGAGUCCUGAGGAAGGUGGCUGUAAGCCCAGCACUGCCAUUGUUUUCUGGUCAGCAUCUGGAGCCACUCCCUGGAGAUCCUGGUCAACACCCUCCCACAGUGCUUCACACUAACGGAAAGAUCAGCCAGUGCUGAGCCAAGGGACGAAAGCUUUGUCUCUGGUAGAGAGAGCUCACAUGAGAAACCAAGAAACUUGUGUCAUUAGUGUUCAGCAGUCCUCCAGAAACUGAAUAGCAUCCUUUUGAUUUGAACUUGAUUUUAUUUAGUGAAAGAGCUAGGAAUUUUGUGGAGAUUGUGACUUAAAAGCAGAAUUUCCAUUGCAGCACUAUGUACCAUCACUCACAUGCUACCCACAGGCAUUCUGGCAGCCUGUCCUUGGGUGGCUCUCAGUGAUCACAGUCCUGUGUCAAGAUGUGAAGGUUCACUCUCACUAACGAGUUCUGUUUCAGAUUUGUUCUCUCUGUGCCUCAGCCUUUGUCUAUAGUACUAAACCUAAGUGCAGAAUUCCUUGAAGGAAAGUCUGAGGUUGGUUUGUUUGGUUUAUUUCUUUACUUCUUUUUUUUCUGAUCCAAAGAGACCAUGCUCCUCUGGUCCCUUGUGAACUUCUUUGACUGUACUGCAAACUCCAUAACUUCAUGUUCAAGCCCUUUGUGUAUUAUGUGUCUCAGUGUAGGACAUGCAGAGCACAGCUCCCAUUAAGCUUGCUUUCAGUGGUCAGUCUUUACAGCUGUGAGGUGGCAGGCAGAGCAGCUGGCUGCUGACAGUGCAGAACAGCUCUUGUCAGAAGGAACUCUGACAUCUGUCGCAAAUGUCUGGUCUCCAGCAACAGUAAAACGGGUAGCAUUCUGAACAGAGGCUCCCCGAGUCCGUCCCCACCCCUCCCACUUCACUGUGGCUCUCAGCUCUGCUCUAGCUAAGAUCAUUCUGGAUCCUGUGCUCUCGUGACUUGUGCUGUGUCUUGUGGCGUCUUCAGCGUGAUGUCACUCUGUGCCUUUCAUGCAAGUUGACCUUGCUUACACAGCUGGGAAGCCGCACUUGUGAACUGGGCCUUUAGCACUCAUAGGUGUGAAGUCCCUUGGCAGUGCCAUGGCCUUGCUCCGCUCUGCAGCUCGAGGUCAUGCGCUGUGCUGGCCUCCACAUCAAGAGCACCUUCCUGUUUUCACACUUCAGAACCACAGGUCAACUGGAAAUAGUAGAAGCUAUUUUCUUUUUUAUUUUUCUUCUUACCUGAUGUAAAUUUUUAUGCAUAGACUUAGACUAUGUUUUGUGUACAUGAAAAUAUUUUCAUUUUGCUCUUUCUCAUUUCUAGUUAAAUUAGACAAAAACAUACUAUUUACUAACUAGUGAAAAGCUGCAUCAUAGUUCCAAUCCCAGCUGAGCACUUUGGACUGUUACUGUGACUUAGAACUCAUCGAUAUCAUACUAGCUGUAUGUGGCAGUACUGAAAGGCCUUAAAAAAAAACCAACCGUGAACUUCUACAUUUUUAGCUUUCAAACACAGCAUUUUAAGGAAAAGAAAAUGCAAAUAAGAUGCACGAAGUUAGUUUAAGGAUGAAAGUUUCAGAGCCCAGCAUGUGGCUCAUCUCUGUAAUCCUAGCAUUUGAGAGGCUGAGGUUGUGAGCUUCCGGCCAGCCUAGGUUACAUAGUUCCUGGCCAUUCUGGGCUACAGAGUGAGAACUGUCCCCCAAAAAAUCUUGUUACAAAGUUACAUUAAAAAGAAAACAUCCUUCUAUCCUUGGUUAGUGAGCUUCCUAGGAUUGCUUUUUUUAUAAAGUGCGUCAGCUUAGAAAUUAAAACAUGAACAAGAAGCAAAAUAGUUGAUUUUUAGGUGUUAUUGAAGAACAGAGUGAGGCAAACUGUGAAGAAGGAUGUAGGCAACAGUAAAAAUUAGAUACGGGCAUUUGAUGCUUCAGUGAGCUUUUGCUGGCUUUGAAACAACUGCCUGCAUGGCUAACAACUGCUGUCUUCCUAAAAAAGUCUCUGGUCUUCUUUGUUACAAAGCUCAGUUGGACAUUAUAAGACCAGCUUGGUGCUUCCACUGUGUUGAGAGGAAAAUCUGUUAUUUAUUAAGCCUCCUUUCUGGAGACUGUGCCCAGAGCUGUGUAUACUCCCAAAGAUCCUCAGGGGUGUCUGGCAUGGUGUAACUAUCACUUCAUGUAUGACCUGGACGGUGAUUUCAGUCUUCUUUAACAUCAGGAACAGUAAGUCCUCAGUGAUUAUAUAUGAUGUAUGUGCACAUAACUCCACAUACAGCAUGCUGUGCUCAUACAGCGGUGAAGGUGCCCUGCCUUUUCACAUACUGAUUAGGAAAGAAGGCAUCGCUCUGGGUCAUGGGUUGCUUUUUUUUCUUCCCUGUAUGAUUUCCAAAGUGAUAUUAAGUUUGGAGCCAAAUGCUGCCAUUCUGUUGCAUAUAGAGCAGAAACACAUCUUUUUCUGUCCUGCGAUUUAACACAAAUACUUCCCAAAUUAUCUGGGCCACAGAUGUUGACCCAGGAACUUGAAAAUGACAGUCUACACUCUCAUUAUUCUGCUAAAAUCAAAUGAAAUGUCCAGAUUCAACAGUUGACUGGCAUGUGGGUAUUCAAGAGCCUAGAUUCCCAGUCUUCCCAGUGUGGCUGUCGAGAACUAGCCAGAGGUGCAGAUUGUCAGACCUUUCAAACUUCUGCAGCCUUGGGGCCUGAAUGCUAGCCACCUUCUAUUUGAAAUAGAAUUAUGUAUUACCUCAUGGCACACUGGGAAAUUCUUCGUAGUGUUGUGUUCACUGACAAAAGUCAUUCAGUUGACCAUAUUUAGAGCACAUACUUAAGCUGCCUAGAUGACUGUUGCUGUUGUGCAGUUGGGCCCUGGCAGGGGUCAGAUCUGAUCUAUGCAAAACACAGCUCUGUCUGCUAAAUCACUGCUGCCUCUAUGAGCCGGGAGCACAGCCAGUGACUGCAUCAACAGGGAAGCAGAGACGGAGACCAGGCUGGUUUUGGCCAUGAGGAAUACAAAUGAUAUCACAGCUUUCUGAGGGAACUAAGAGACAGGUGAGCUGUUUGAACAGUACAGGGGAUAAGGCCAGUGAUCACCAAGUGUUUUUUUUUUUUUUCUUUUAAAUCCUUGUUCAGGUAUUAAUAGAAAUAACACAAAGUUCAUGUGUGUAAAGCUACCAUUUACCUCCAUAGACUGAAGAAUUGAUAGAAAAAUUCACAGUUGUUCUCCACAAGUUUCUUUUUCCUACUUUCUUUAUAAUCCAGGGUCCUUUCUCUUCAUUUCUAACUUUUUACGUGUCAAUUGAAGGUGGCUGUCAGUGUCAGUGUCACAAGCCAAUCUAACACUACGGCAAGGUGAGGCAAGCAUUCAAGCCCCUAGAACCACACCCACACCCUGCAAAGUUACACACUGGUGAUGACACGGCUGUAGCUUAGUGAAGAACUGAGGUAGAAUGUAUUGUGUGACUCUCACAAGAUACGAAGGGCAGGUACAGCAUCAGUGUUUAUCCAGGUAGAAGGUGCUGCAUGAAGAAGCUGAGGCUGCCCCCCCCCCUUUAAGUAAACCACACUGGCACUGGGGUCCUCCAAAUCCACAUGGUGUCUUCACUCUCUUCAUUGUGGGUAGAAAGAGCAGCACUGGGCAAGUCCUGCACAGCUCAGCUGAGUGGCUGAGGCAGGCCCAGGAGAGCAGAGCUUAGAAAGAAAAAGCACAGUUCAGGGCUUGCCUUCUCAGGACACAGCAGCACUGUUUUAUAACUUGUGGUAAUUCUUAUUUUUAAGGACUUGGGAUUUGUUUGUUGUGUCUACACUGUACUUUAAUCCUGAAAAUAUAUUGAUUCACUUGCUCUUCUCCACCAAGGUAUUUUCAUUGCCUGUAUACACCUUUCUACCCCGUGAAAUGACAGAAUAUCUGCUACCCUGUCCUCAUGUGAGGGGUCAGAGGAAAGACUGUUAGCCUUCCUAUGCAUGCUUAUCCAAGUUUGUUUAUAUUUCUUUUGUUAAAGUUUGUUACUAUUAGACAAGAUUCACCUCUAGCUUCCUUCUGCUUUGUUGUUAGUGCUUGCUGUGUGUAGCGUCUUUGUGAACGGUUUUUCUAACAGGAGCCACACAGCAAAUACUAUGAAUGAUGUCGUUAUUGUAGAACCAACACUGCUGUUGGGAAAGCCUUUUUUGUGACCCUUGUUCGCUAAAGUGGGUUUCCUUUUCUUCUAAGAUGUAUGUGUGAGAGUCCCAGCUGUGUGCCGUGUGCCACCGUAGGGGCUACAGUUUGGAUGGGCAGUCUUCUCUCAUGAUCUUGUGUUUUAAGGUACUGAGGCAGACAUCAGAUGGUGUCUUAUUGUAGGAGGUUAGAGAGAGGCAUGUGCAGGGCACCAGGGUUGAAUAGGAAAGUAUACAGUAAGUUCAACAAUACUAUGAGAAGAUGAGAAAAAAUAGGAUUUGACUCCCAUCAAACUCCCCCAAAUAAAACAGACAGUUGCUCUUGAGUUGCAGUGUGCCUAAGAAUUCUCCCAAGGCUCUGUCCAGAGAUUCUGUUUCAUUUGGUGCAGAGGAAAGCCUGAGAGUCCGGUCUGAAGGAGUUCCCCAGGAAACCCUACCUGGGCAACAUCGGAUAUAAUACUUUGUUUCUUAUCUGCGAUUAUUGGCAGCAGUUUCAGUGCCCAUAGAUUAAGUCUUAACGUUAGGUAAUUGUGAGGAAGCCAGCUUCUCGGGAAUGAGGAAUCACAUUCUCUCCUGAACUCCCUCAUGUUGCUUUAAGCGGGACAGUUUCCAAAACUAUAAAACUGAAGUUAAUACUGUAAAGUUAGAGGAAGGCCUUUCUUAAGUUGAGGGUGAUAUUUUGGCAGUCUUGCUGGAUAAAUACUAAAGAUAUUAAUAUGUCUUGUACCACAUUGUUGGCUGAAGGGAAACCAGGACAGCUUUGACAAGUAUACUGACACUACUGAAAUGUGAUUAUUUCAAGCACAGCUAGAGAUGUAUGGUGAUACAUUUAUCAAGAGAAAAACUGUAGUAGUAACAUUUUAAAAAUUAAUUUAUUAUGUUUCUACAUAGUUUUAUUACAAUAACUUUUUUGUGGAAACAGUAUAGCAAUUCUGAGAAGCUGAAAGCCGACACAAAGGGAACAGCCUUUGCCUUAGCUGGCAGUGGUGGCCAUGUCCUAGCAACUUGGCUGGGCUUGGACCUGAGUCCCGAAAUAAGGAAGUGUCUCAGCACUGUUUCUCAGUGCUUGCACUAUGAACUCUUUGAGUCUGGUAAGUGUUAGAACCUAGUCCUUUUCUAAAACUCAAGAGGUUCGUCACUGCUCUGGGACUUUGCUUCUCAAAAUAACAUGAUUUUUAUAGAAAAAUUCAGUCAGCAGAUCUUUUUAUUUGAUAUUCCUUUCUCUUUUUCCCUUCUCUCUUCCUUUCAUUCUUUCAGUUUUUGAGGCAAGAAGCUUCCUUAAUAGUUUAGUUUCUAUGGAGCUUUCUUACUUAUUUUUCUAAUAAUAGGUGUAGCUGAAUGAUGACGUUUAACUGCUCUGUGAGCAGAAUUGUCUCAACCAACCUGAAGAAAUGUGCUUCCUUUGGUCUCCACUGUCUCUCUCCUGUUCGCUGGUGACUUUCCCCCAUGAGUAGCGUUUGCUCAUGUACAUACUGUGUUCCUGUGGUCAUCAAUGGCAUUGUGUUGUCGUCACAUAUUUAUAUUCACUUGGUCAAAGCAGAAGCUGAGUGUGUGAGCCGCCAUCUUGUGGAGUGAACGGCCGGCCCACCGCGUGCGGCUGGGAGCCGCCAUCUUGUGGAGUGAACGGCCGGCCCACCGCGUGCGGCUGGGACUGCGCUGUGCGUCCGUUGCCUUUGAAUUCUCACACCUUCUUUUGUACUCCACACCGACUGUCGCGGUGCCUUUUUCCUUUUGUAUAAUUGUACUACAUAAAGAAAUGCUGACCUGUGUGUAAAAAUGUCAAAAAUACACCAGUCCAAGGAGAUUUUAAUGGCAGUUCAAUUUUCCAGAGAAUAAAUUUUUGUGUGCAUUGAAA